CCAUUAACAAGCAGCCCAUCUUUGUAACCCAAAAUCACUCAUUUUGAGCCCAAUAACUUUGCCCCCCUUCUUCAAACUCCUUUUUUCCCAGAAAAAAUUCAGACGAAGCUCCGCCCAGCGUUGCGCUGCGACUCCUUCGUUUCACCGUCUCCGGCAAGUACAAUCUAGAGAGGCAGAAUGGGGAGGAAGGUUGGCAUAUUAAGAAUCAACCCGAAGAAGUUUGGCUCUUUGCAGAAGCCUUGCAUGAAGGAAAUGAUAUCAUUACUUAAUUGCUUAGGUCUCUGCCACAACAAUGAUGAAAAAUGUGUUCGUCAAAAGCAACUUCUGGGCACAUGCAUGGAAGCUCAGGCGGGUAAGAAUAAAAAGCCUUGGGGAAGCAUCAACUAUCACCUGACGAGGCUUAAUAGGGGAAGGAAGUAGUAUUUUUUUUGACAGAAUGGGUUCAUUUCCCCUUUACAUCCUGAUAGAUCAGAUAAUACUUUUGCAGCUUAAUUUCAGCACAUCAUGGAAGAUAAAUCGAUAUGCAUUAUGUAAGCUUUAUUGCAGAAAGAUUGCCCAAAUUUUCUGGUAUGCUUUUCUUUUAGUAUAACAUUCAUAAAUCCAGAUGAGUUAUGGACUUAUCGGGCAGGACCUCCUUUAUUACUUUGAUGUGUACCAAUUAUCAUAUAUUCUGUAUCUAGUAUGAUCACAACGUGCCUAUUUCAAUAAUCCCGAUUCUUGUAUAUUAAUGCUCA